GCUCCGGUCGCUGCCAACCUUAUAGUAUAAAAACACGGCAAUGCCAUCUGCAAGUUUCAAUAGAGAACUUGAGCUCUGUGAAACUCGGUACGCGCUGCCAACAUUUCGUUUGUUGUGCUUAAAAGUUGAAUGUUGUGCCCCCUUACAGGUUGUGGCGCCAAUUUAAAAGCUUGAAUGAACUUUUUCCAAUUUUCGUGUACUUAUUUACAAUAAUACAUCAAUUAGUAUUAUACUCAAACGAAUAAACUGUGUCAAAUCUAGACUGUGAUAUAUGAUAUGCAAACCGCGGCAGUUCUAAGUCAGCGAGUGAUGUUAUUUUAAUAAGUGAACUCGUGAACCUGGAUCAUAAGAGACAAUAUUGUACAAGUAAAGAAUACUGCGUGCAAUUCUACAGACACUUUCAUUUCGGCGUUCCUUGACGUCUUCCGUGAAGACUAAACCUGGUUUUGAAGGAAUAUCCACAAGAUGAGCUUCAAUAAGAACAACCCCAACGCGAUGGGGAAAAUCAUGGAUUAUUUGAAACAGCUCUCCACUGAAAUGGGUGGGAACGAGCAGACAAGACGCGGCCAAGGUGACGAGGAGAGACUGUAUAAGACACGAGGUCCAAAAUACGCAAGAGUACCUUCAAAGCCAACUCUCUCAACUUCGACAACCUGUACUUCAUUAGCCACCUCAUGUGGUUCCCAGGGAACACUUGCGCCCAAUUACGCUACCAUUCCUGAAAACGAGUCAACUGAAAGUAGUAGCGAGGACGAGCAAGAUUCUUUUGAAAAGACCCGUCGUCAUUUCCAACAGUUAAGACAAAUUAGCUUGGGAGACAAGUUUAAAUAUAAAAUGGAAAUGGAAAUAACAAGUGCCAAGGAAGAAAAUUUACGCAACUCUGUUCCAUUUGUGAAACAACUCAGUACAGACAGCAACAAAGUGAAAACUGACUACACUAUUAAUGGAGAUAGUCAACCUUAUGCGCCCACUACACAGCGAAUUUAUCUGUGGACACAGGUGCUGGCUGCAUUUGCCGUCUCCAUGGGAUCGUUGAUUGUCGGUUUCGGAUCAGCUUAUACAUCUCCAACUGGCAAAAGUAUGACAGCCGAUUUGAACCUAACAGCUGAACAAAGUAGCUGGGUUGGCGGUCUCCUUCCUCUGGCGGCCUUAGUUGGAAGCAUUGGCGGUGGAUCACUAAUCAGUUAUCUCGGUAGAAGACUUGCAAUAUCUGCCACCGCAGUACCAUUUUUUGUUGGCUGGAUGCUAAUAGCUUGUGCAAGCAACGUUACCAUGGUUUAUGCUGGUCGAGCCCUUUGUGGGAUAUGCGUUGGUAUUGGAACGUUGGCUUUCCCGGUUUACCUCGGUGAAACGCUACAACCAGAAGUAAGGGGAGCUCUAGGAUUACUACCAACAGCCUUCGGUAAUACGGGAAUUCUUUUAGCAUACUUCGUCGGAAAAUAUCUGGACUGGUCAAACUUGGCGUACCUAGGUGCUGCACUUCCGAUACCAUUCUUCUUGUUGAUGCUUUUAACACCGGAAACACCAUGCUGGUAUAUGAGCAAAGGACGUAUGGAAGAUGCAAGGAAGUCCUUACAAUGGUUAAGAGGAAAAAACGUCGAUAUAGAAAAAGAAUUGAGGGAUCUAACACGACACCAAGUGGAAUCUGAACAUGUCCAAGGGCACAUUGUUGGACAGCUAUUAAGCAAAAAAUACGUGCCUGCUAUUGCGAUUGCUUUAGGUCUAAUGAUUUUCCAGCAAUUGAGUGGUAUAAACGCAAUCAUAUUCUAUGCAGAAGAAAUAUUUUUAAUGGCAGGAAGCAGCAUUGACAAAAAUUUGUCGAGUAUAAUCAUAGGAAUAGUAAACUUCAUCUCUACUUUCAUAGCUACGGUUUUGAUAGAUCGUCUAGGAAGAAAAAUGUUACUCUACAUCUCAAGUGUUUCCAUGAUUGUUACCAUGGUGUCACUGGGUGCCUAUUGUUAUUUGAACGAUGCUGGUGUUGAUGUUAAAAACUUAGGAUGGCUGCCACUAGCGUGCCUUGUUAUAUAUGUAUUAGGCUUUUCAGUUGGUUUCGGACCGGUUCCCUGGCUUAUGCUUGGAGAAAUAUUGCCAUCAAAGAUUCGAGGUACGGCUGCAUCAAUGGCAACUGCAUUAAAUUGGACUUGCGCUUUCAUAGUAACGAAAACCUUCAAAAGCGUCAGUAUCGCUCUCAAGAUGUAUGGUGCCAUGUGGCUUUUCACUGUUAUUUGUAUAGUCGGAUUAUUAUUCGUUAUAUUCUUCGUACCUGAAACUCGAGGCAUAAGCUUGGAAGAAAUUGAAAAGAAACUAACAAGUGGAUCGAGGAGAAUGCGGAACAUCAAAAAUAAUGACAAAACCAUUCAGAACGUAUGUUAGCUAACACUUACAAAAUGAAUUAGGAGCAAGUGAUAAAAUAGUAUACAUAUUGUACAUUCCAAAAUGCUUUUGGCUGCACUUGAGCUGUGUUAGUUAGGGAACAUAGGUAGGUUAAUUGGGGUGCAAUUAAAACAUACACUGUAUGUUUGAUGUGUAAUAUGAAGACUGAUUUGGAUUGUAGCCAUAAAAUUACUAAAACGUACAUUUAAAUUAUAUUAGUAAAAUUAGGCAACAAGUGAAUGUCUUUCAUAGUUCCUUUAGACUAAUAUAUAAUAGUAGCAUUCCGCACAGCGGCCUUAAUUUAUCAGUUGUUCUUCUGAUUUUAUCAAUUUAAAAAGAAUCUCAUUUUGUUACAAUAGCAUCAAUGAUUGACUGCUGUUAAAGGCACCAUGUAAAUACGUAACAAAUUGAUUUGUAUUUUAUAAGUUUAGUAAUGUAAUGUAAUUUAAAAUCUUGCGUUAAUCAUGACAAAAGAAUAAUUAAGUACUUAUUGUGUAUGACCAAAUAAUUAUUAUGUAAGAAAUUUAUUUUAAAUCAAACAAUAUUUUACGUUGUAGGAUUUUAAUACUUGUAAUUCCGUAUAUUACGGAGGCAAUAUUUAUUUCAUUUGUUAUUUUUUAUUAAUACAAAAUAUUUUAACAC